AUGCCACGCCCGCCACUUCGACGCCGACAGCUCAGCCGCGCAGGGCCCCCACCUCGCAUUGGCAAAAAGGUCCCUAGCAGUACUCCAGCCCGACUGGAAUUGGAAAAGAAGCUGGCGCAUAAACCCACCGGUCAAAGGCCGAACGAUAGCGACGACAGUGAUCGACUCGUUGUUAAAGGGAAUGGCAGACGGGGCCGAAACGUACCGAGGCAGGAGAUCUAUGCUUCGGGUGCCGUGGGAAAAGGUGAUAAACCCGGCAAUCAUCCCAGCAGAGCCCAGCGAAGGAGAAACAUGACAAGAGUUACCAAUGAGAUCCUCGCGCAAACUCAGCAGGAUGCUCGGACAAGCAACCCCUCUUCCACCGAGCAGCCUCCGCAAAGGUCACCCGUCGCGAGUGGCGAUACCAACAGAGCCACAAGCACACAAUCUCCGAAACCUGUACCUCCUCGAGUAUACUCUUCCGCUACAAAGCCUCCAGCAAGUAUCCUGCGGUCUGCACUGCCUACGCCAACGAGAGAAAACUCCAUCUUGGGGACUCUAAAGCCCAGGCGAAGGCAGCCCAGCAUCUUACAGGCGCUUGAACACGACUCAUCUACCUUCGACCUUGAGGAUGAAGAGCAAUUUCUUCCUGAUGCGGAGUCAACUCCCAUGAACCCUGCCCGAUCUCGUACCAUUUCUUCAACACCUGCCACGAACUCGUCGCAUGUCUCCUCCUCAAAGAAGCGUAAGCUAAGCUCAGUCAACAUCUUCCAGCCGAGCGUAGUUGACGUUCUCCCGAAACCGACAGCUUCACCUGUCGCGCGAUCGCGCGAUACAACUGGAACGCCUGAGCCAUCUCUUCCCCCGGCGGCCGUAUCUGCACUUCGGAAAUCACGCCGAAACUCGCUAGAUAAAGCUGGCAACGAAGAUAUCAUGGCCCUUCCUGAGAGCAGUUCAUCACUUUCACUGUCGCCAGUCAAAACGAAGACCCGUGCAAUGACCAGAAAGUCGAGGAAGAAAGCCACCAAGCCAGCGCCUAUCAUGGCUACGGAAGAACUACAAGCCUUAAUGAUGCCUAGGAAACGACGAAGAACUGCUCGAACACGUACCCGACUGCUGGGCGAGUUUGACAUUGCUCCCGAUUCUGAUACUGAUGAUUCCGAGCACAUCGACCUGCCCAACGGAGGGGAUGAAUCGAGCUUCCUUCCAGCGACAAAGGGGCGCAAACUCCGACGAAAAGUUCCGGUGGUGAAAUCUUUGAAUACACAGGACAAUGCCCGUGGCGGCACCAGAUCUGGCAACGUGGACAAGCAGGGCCAUUCUGCAGUCGCUGGCAAAUCCUCAAAAUCAAAUACAAGUACGAGACACCUCAUCGCUACCAAAGCGCCUGUCCUGGCGCCCUUUUCACCUACUUCUACCAGAUGGAAUCAUUCAACUAAAUCUCCCUUGCAGCUUUCCGUCGUCGACUCUUCGAAUCUAAACUCAAACCGGGCGAUCAAGCAUGGCCAGAGAAAACAAGGAGGCAAGUCGAAGCAUCUUGGUGGCUCCCUCCGCGGAGAGCAGGGUCCUUCAGUAGGUGGCGCCGACAAAGAAAAUUUAGAUCCUGGUGAUGGAUUGCUGGGCAAGACCGUGAUUGAAGAUGUCCAGGCAGGUUCAAUGUCAGCCGAAGUUGCAGGCACAAUCAAAGAUAAGAUUGACGGCGACAAGAGCAAAUCAACCGCUACCAUGAAGGGAAAAUGGGCAGAUAUAGAUGCCUGGGAUCUGGAUUUUGAGGACGUGGAGGUCAUGACAGGAUCGAGUAGUCCUUCUCCCAUGCGACGGUGA